GUCUAUUUAAAGGCGGAACCGCGGACUGGAAUCCUAGUGCCAACGAAAGGGCAAAGGAGGGAGACGUGUGAGUGGCUUGCUGGCAGCUGCGCGCCGCCUACGCCUGCUACGGAUCAGCGCUUCUGCUGCUACCGCGACAGGCACCCGCAAACUGAGCCAUCAGUCCGGGCACUGAGUCCAGUGGGGCCUGUUCCGAGUGCCCACUUAAAGAAAAGGAAGAUGCCAGUCUUGUGGGAUAGUUUUUCCUCUUCAUUGCCUCCUAUUCCCGAGCAAAGAGAAAACCAGCCGUCUUUUUCUUGGGAGAAGAGCGCUUACAAAGAAGUGGCCAGUCGCACUACGAGGCUGGAGAGCUCCGAUUGCGAGUCUCUGGAUAGCAGCUUGAGCUCCGAAGGAGAUGCACAAGAAUACCUGGAUGAAGUGUCCUUGCCAGACUUUGACUUGCUAAAUGAUCCUGAGGAUGAACUCUUGUGUGCCAAUCUCAUGAAGCUAAUCCAAGUCAGUCUCAACAAAGCUAAGAUCGGCUCCAACCGCUUCUCUAGACUGCUGAUGCCAAACCAGCUGGUCACCCAAGUUGGCAAGGAGCUGCUUCACUUGGCUUACAGAGAGCCCUGUGGCUUGAGGGGGGCCCUCAUUGACCUGUGCGUGGAACAAGGGAAGGGGUGCCAUAGUGUGGGGCAGAUUGCUGUGGACCCAAGCCUAGUGCCUACCUUCCAGCUGACCCUUGUUCUAAGACUGGAUUCCCGCCUGUGGCCUAAAAUCCAGGGACUCUUUAGCUCUGGCUCUGCUUUCUCUCCAGGCUUCAGCCAAUCCCUGAAGCUCGGCACUGGCUUCAGGGUCAUUAAAAAGAAGCUAUAUAGCUCUGAACAGUUGCUCAUAGAGGAGUGUUGAAAGUGUCACUCUAAUCUGCUGGUGGAUUAACUGAGCAUUUACUCUCUCUGUCUUAAGACGGUGGCCAGCACCGGACAAAAGUGGAGAGGCGUGUUACUUACAGGGCUAUGGAACAUAAGCUGAUUUCAAGAUGUGGCUCUUCUCUGCAGCCACUAUAGGUUAGGUUAGAUGGAAGUUGAAUUUACAGAGAUAGUAGGCAGGUAGUCCAAGGAGGCGUAAGGCAAGGUAUGAGAAUAAAACGGCACUCUGCUUUUUUAGUAACUCCUGACAGAAAAAGCCCACUCUUCAGUAGGCCUGGACACAAUGUGCUAGCUUUAAAAACCCUUGUCUGAUCAUGGGACAACUUUCUCUUUACUGACUUAGAAGUUGUUGUUCUCCUGACAGCUGAUGUCCUAACAGCAGCAGGGCUGCCACUAAGGGUAGAUGAAGGCUGCCCCUUUUUUUGGCAAGCUUUUAAAGUAGAUAGUAAUCGAUGGAUAUCUGUGGGUGAGAGGUGAGGUGAAUGGACAACGACUUAUAUAAGUGUGAAGGUCUAAAGGGACCAAGAAUGUGUAACAUUGUUUUGACUAGACAGACAUGAAGAAGCUCCACUACUGACACUAGGGCAGCUAAAUGAGGACUUCUAAGUGAAUGGGGGAGUGUGUUGAUCUACCAAGCACCACUGUGCAACCCCAUUCCUGUGAGGCCAGGGUGGGAUGCAUGGGGCACUAGGGGGCUUGUGCCCUGUCAUGACUGGGGAAUCCUGGUGGUGUAUGUCUGAGGGAGGUGUGAGGUGAUGCUGGGGAGGGGUGGGGGUGGGGGGCAGGAACCCUCGUGAUCAGUCUGUAGCGCUUCCAUUGAUUACUGUUCACAUGGAAUACACUUGAUGUUCAAGUUUUUGAAGACUUCCUAUGCAAUGUGUUUGGGUUUUUUACUUUUCUAAUAAAAACAUUUAUAAUAACC